GGUUGUAAGCGCUUCUAAUUCUCUCUGUUUUCCUCUAGAAGUAUUCCUAAAUUCUCUAUUCUUUUUAAUUAUUCUAAUAUAAUUAAUCGAUCGUUUAAAACUGGUUAGUUAGUGCUGUGCAAGAAAGUAAUGCGUUUCAUGGCAAUCUGGCAGGACCUAGAAGCCGCUGCUGCUUCCGCCCGGGCCUGGUCUCCUCCUAGGAUCUGUUGCCGUCAUGUCGGCUGCGAUUGCAGCUCUGGCUGCUUCGUACGGUUCGGGUUCAGGCUCCGAAUCGGACUCGGACAGUGAGAGCGGACGGUGUCCGCUGCCAGCCGCCGACUCCCUCAUGCACUUGACUAAAUCGCCGUCAGCCAAACCCUCUCUGGUCGUGGCGGUGGACUCGGCUCCCGAGGUGGCAGUUAAGGAAGAUUUGGAGACUGGAGUUCACCUUGAUCCUGCUAUUAAAGAGGUUCAGUAUAAUCCAACAUAUGAAACCAUGUUUGCUCCUGAGUUUGGACCAGAAAAUCCCUUUAGAACACAGCAAAUGGCUGCACCUAGAAAUAUGCUUUCAGGAUAUGCUGAACCAGCUCAUAUCAAUGAUUUUAUGUUUGAACAGCAAAGAAGAACUUUUGCCACAUAUGGUUAUGCAUUAGACCCUUCAUUAGAUAAUCAUCAAGUGUCUACUAAAUAUAUUGGCUCUGUAGAAGAAGCUGAAAAAAAUCAGGGUUUAACUGUGUUUGAAACUGGUCAGAAGAAAAUAGAAAAAAGAAAAAAGUUCAAAGAAAAUGAUGCAUCUAAUAUUGAUGGUUUCUUGGGACCAUGGGCAAAAUAUGUGGAUGAAAAAGAUGUAGCCAAACCUUCAGAAGAAGAACAGAAAGAACUGGAUGAAAUCACAGCAAAGAGGCAGAAAAGGGGCAAACUGGAGGAUGAGAAACCUGGGGAGGAAAAGACAAUCUUACAUGUUAAAGAAAUGUAUGACUAUCAGGGCAGGUCCUAUCUUCAUAUACCUCAGGAUGUUGGUGUUAAUCUGCGGUCAAGUAUGCCACCCGAGAAGUGUUACCUUCCCAAAAAACAAAUUCAUGUUUGGUCUGGGCACACAAAGGGUGUCAGUGCCGUCAGGUUGUUUCCUCUCUCCGGCCAUCUAUUGCUGACUUGUUCCAUGGACUGUAAGAUUAAGUUAUGGGAAGUUUAUGGAGACAGACGCUGUCUACGAACAUUUAUUGGUCACAGUAAAGCUGUUAGGGACAUCUGCUUUAAUACCGCAGGAACACAGUUCCUCAGCGCAGCUUAUGACAGGUAUCUUAAGCUCUGGGACACUGAGACAGGACAAUGUAUCUCAAGAUUUACAAACCGAAAAGUACCCUAUUGUGUCAAAUUUAAUCCUGAUGAAGAUAAGCAAAAUCUCUUUGUGGCUGGGAUGUCUGAUAAAAAGAUUGUGCAGUGGGACAUUCGCAGUGGAGAAAUUGUACAGGAAUACGAUCGGCAUUUGGGAGCUGUCAACACCAUUGUUUUUGUUGAUGAGAAUAGGAGAUUUGUGAGCACAUCUGAUGAUAAGAGCCUAAGAGUUUGGGAAUGGGAUAUCCCUGUGGAUUUUAAGUACAUAGCAGAACCCAGUAUGCACUCAAUGCCUGCAGUGACUUUGUCUCCAAAUGGAAAAUGGCUAGCAUGCCAAUCCAUGGACAACCAAAUCUUAAUUUUUGGAGCACAGAACAGAUUUAGAUUAAAUAAGAAAAAAAUCUUUAAGGGCCACAUGGUAGCAGGCUAUGCUUGUCAGGUGGACUUCUCACCAGACAUGAGCUAUGUGAUUUCAGGAGAUGGAAAUGGAAAAUUAAAUAUCUGGGACUGGAAGACCACAAAACUCUACAGUCGAUUUAAAGCACACGAUAAAGUGUGUAUUGGUGCAGUGUGGCAUCCUCAUGAAACAUCUAAAGUGAUAACGUGUGGCUGGGAUGGUCUCAUUAAAUUGUGGGAUUAAUGAGAUUAGCCCCUAAACUAUCCAGGAUUAUUUUUGAUCCGGCAUCAUAUUUAAAUAUAUGUAAUUAAAUGUGUUGAAUGACAACUUGAUUUAUAGAUUGUGAUUUCCUUAUACUGCCUUACGAAGUUGUCCCAUUGUUUAAAAAAAAAAAGGAAAGCUUUGUAAAUUUGGCUCAUAUAAUUUCAUUGGCAACUUCAUUUUGGUUUUUGUAAGUGCAAUUUAUACA